GAGAGAAGAAGUGUACCUAUCAAAGAGACGAUCCGUACGAUCCAAGAUCAAGAGAACCCCUCUCAGCUCUCAUCAUGGAAGAAGCUACAAGCAGCAGCAGUGGUGCUUGUGCUGCUGGUGGUGUUGGUAGUAAGACUGUACCAGUGUACCAAGGUCCCUCUGUGCCUGAGAAAAGCAGUCCACCCAUUCCCAAUACGAAGGAGAGGUUCUUCUUUGAUUCUGAUGUACUCGUUCUCAAAAAUAACCUAGACUACCAGAGGCUUAUCAAGACGCUCGCUGUGCUGGAGGCUCAGAAGAUCCAAGUCAUAAAGGAUAUGGAGUGUUUAAUACAGAGUCAGGUUAAAGCUGAGAGAGAUCCGGUUGCUUUUGUGGAGGCUCUCACUAGUGGGACACGCCCCCCUCUGCCUAGUCGACAGUCAGUGGCGGAAAUACCCAACAUAGAGUGGAAAGGUUACAUCGAGAGCUUGCAACAAGUCGCUAAGCAACACUCGAAUCUUUAUAUCAAUACUAGAGGCCACUCGCGACCUUUGAUCUCCAGUCUGGAUGAAAAACCAUUGGUCUCUACUGAGCCGAGGAGCAAGGAUGUCAACAGACCUGCUACUUACAGACUGCCCUGGACACCAGAGGAGCAGGCUCGUUUUGAGGAAUUAUUAACGGAAUAUCCUCCGGAGAAAGUGGAGAGUAAGAGAUACCAGAAGAUAGCCAAGGCUCUCGGCUCACGCACACCACAACAGGUGGCAACUCAUGUGCAGAAGUACUUCAUCAAGUUGGCCCAGUCUGGACUGCCUGUCCCUGGUAGAGUGCCCAACAUGAGUAGGUACUCCAGGAAAAAGAGAAAGGGUCGCGGUGGUAGGAAAGGAGGUUUCCGUCGUCCUUCAACUUUCUUCAGCUCUCUGGCCCCCCGAGUGUUCAUGACUGACCCAACACAGCAGCAGGGAGAUGACUAUGACUCUUCAGACAAUGACAGUGAGUGCUCUGAGAUGCUGGGUACAGAGGAGAGCAGUGGAGGCUCCAUCACGUGUGGCUGCUGUAGCAAGGUGCUCGGGAGUGGUGUGUACUGGUCCUGCUCUGACUGCCCAGAGGAGAACCCAACACAAUUGUGCAGUGACUGUGUAAACAGUGACCAUCGAAGCUCCACCCACUUGCCCAGUCAUGAUCUACAGAUGUUGUCUAUCAUUGCCCCUAGCAACUCGUCAGCCCUGUUUGACAAGGACUAUAGCUCCCUCUCAACGGUCACAGGGUUCAACUAUCUUGACCCAAACUUUCACCCACCAUCCUAAAUGGACUAACUUUCUGUAAAGGUCUCUUGUACACCAUUUCCUGUGAUGUGUACUGCUUUGAUUGCAUAUUGCACAAACAUGUUGUUAUUCAUUUUUUGCA